AUGAGGGUCGUCUCGGCAGGCCUCGGGCUCUGGGCCCUGCUGCUGCUCCAGGCCCCAGGCAGCCUCAGCCUUGACCCCCAGUCCAGAGGGCACCUCUGUCGGACGCGGCCCACGGACCUGGUGUUUGUCGUCGACAGCUCACGAAGUGUGCGGCCCGUGGAGUUUGAGAAGGUGAAGGUGUUCCUGUCCCAGGUCAUUGAGUCGCUGGACGUGGGGCCCAACGCCACCCGGGUGGGCGUGGUCAACUACGCCAGCUCCGUGAAGCACGAGUUCCCGCUGCACGCCCACAGCUCCAAGGUCGCGCUGCUCCAGGCCGUGCGCCGCAUCCAGCCGCUGUCCACGGGCACCAUGACCGGCCUGGCCCUCCAGUUCGCCAUCACCAGGGCCUUCAGCGACGCCGACGGCCGUCGCACCAGGUCCCCCGACAUCAGCAAGGUGGUCAUCGUGGUGACCGACGGGAGGCCCCAGGACAGCGUGAGGGAAGUGUCUGUGCGGGCUCGGGCCAGUGGCAUCGAGCUGUUCGCCAUCGGAGUGGGCCGCGUGGACAAGGCCACGCUGCGGCAGAUGGCCAGCGAUCCGCAGGACGAGCACGUGGACUACGUGGAGAGCUACGGUGUCAUCCAAAAGCUGUCGAAGAAGUUCCAGGAGGCUUUCUGUGUGGUGUCAGACCUGUGUGCCACAGGGGAUCACGACUGUGAGCAGGUGUGCCUCAGCUCCCCGGCCUCCUACACCUGCACCUGCCACGAGGGCUUCACCCUGAACAGCGAUGGCAAGACCUGCAGUGUUUGCAGGGGUGGCAGUGGCAGCUCUGCCACUGACCUGGUCUUUCUCAUCGAUGGAUCUAAGAGCGUGCGGCCAGAGAAUUUCGAGCUGGUGAAGAAAUUCAUCAACCAGAUUGUGGACACGCUGGAUGUGUCGGACAGGCAGGCCCAGGUGGGGCUGGUGCAGUACUCGAGCUCCGUGCGCCAGGAGUUCCCCCUGGGCCGCUUCCACACCAAGAAGGACAUCAAGGCGGCCGUGCGGAACAUGUCCUACAUGGAGAAAGGUACCAUGACCGGGGCGGCCCUCAAGUAUCUCAUCGAUACCUCCUUCGCAGUGUCCAGUGGUGCCAGGCCUGGGGCCCAGAAGGUGGGCAUUGUCUUUACGGAUGGCCGGAGCCAGGACUACAUCAACGAUGCCACCAGGAAGGCCAAGGACCUCGGUUUUGAGAUGUUUGCCGUGGGAGUGGGCAAUGCUGUUGAGGACGAGCUGAGGGAAAUCGCCUCAGAGCCCGUGGCAGAGCACUACUUCUACACGGCUGACUUCAAGUCCAUCAACCAGAUUGGCAUGAAGUUGCAGAAGAAAAUCUGCGUGGAGGAAGACCCGUGUGCCUGUGAGGCCAUUGUGAGAGUCCAAGCCAAAGUGGAGGGGCUGCUGCAGGCCCUGGCCAGGAAACUUGAAGCUGUGAGGAAGCGGCUGGCCGUCCUGGAGAACAGAAUCGUCUAA